UGCCUUAACAAAUGCGCCACAAAUGAUUAGCUACUUUUCCGAUAGGUGGUGCGAGCAGUCAACGAUUUUCAAUUCAAAACUACGAAAUGAUUGGUAGAUUUAUGCACAAUACGCUCAUUUCAUGGCCCUCUAUUAGACGCCCCUACUCGUGUGCCGACAAAAAGGUAACUCUUAUACCCGGCGAUGGAAUUGGUCCUGAAAUUUCUGCAGCCGUCCAAAAGAUCUUCACAGCUGCCGAGGUGCCCAUCGAAUGGGAUGUUGUCGACGUGACGCCUGUGCGAAGACCCGAUGGAAAGUUCGGUAUACCCCAGGCUGCCAUCGAUUCGGUCAACACCAACAAGAUUGGCCUAAAGGGUCCACUAAUGACGCCAGUGGGAAAGGGACAUCAAUCGCUGAACCUGGCUCUGCGCAAAGAGUUAAAUUUGUAUGCCAAUGUACGUCCCUGCCGCAGCCUGGCUGGAUACAAGACACUCUACGACGAUGUCGAUGUGGUCACCAUUCGCGAGAACACCGAGGGCGAAUACUCUGGCAUCGAGCACGUGGUCGUGGAUGGCGUUGUCCAAAGCAUUAAGCUGAUCACCGAAAAGGCCUCCACCCGCAUUGCAAAGUACGCUUUCAAAUAUGCCCAAAACAACAAUCGCAAGAAGGUGACCGUGGUGCAUAAGGCGAACAUUAUGCGAAUGUCGGACGGUUUGUUCCUUCGUUGCGUGCGUGACGUUGCACAGGACUACCCAAAGAUUCAGUUUGAUGAGCGCUACCUGGACACGGUGUGCCUCAGCAUGGCAAACAGUCCGGAAAAAUUCGAUGUGCUGGUCAUGCCCAAUUUGUACGGUGAUAUUCUGUCUGACUUGUGCGCCGGUCUGGUCGGUGGUCUUGGUCUGACGCCGUCGGCCAAUAUGGGUCAAAAUGGUGCCUUGUUCGAGUCAGUGCACGGCACCGCGCCCGAUAUUGCUGGCAAGGAUCUGGCUAAUCCCACGGCCUUGCUGCUGUCAGCGGUCAUGAUGUUGCGCCACUUAAACCUCCUCUCGCACGCCGAUAAUAUUGAGCGCGCCGCCCUCGAUACCAUCAAGGAGGGCCAGCACCUAACUGGUGAUUUGGGCGGACAAGCGAAAUGCUCCGAGUUCACAGACGCGAUUUGCGCUAAGAUUUUAGCUGGAUCCGUGCCCGUUGCCCAGACAACUUUUUCUUAACUUUUUGUAUCAAAAUUGCGAGUUGUAAUCUUUAGUUAACUCUCUUCAAAUUCAAAUUGGUCAAAGUGUAAAUUGUUUCAUAAGAUGUGAAGCCGAUCUUGCACCUAUAUUUGACGCACGUUCAGAAGGAAACUUCAUAAUAAAUGCAGCUUCCCAUAUGGCGUGGAUCGCCAAUCAGUCUGUAAGGGCAAUCAGACUUAACAAAUGUAUAUUAAUCAUAAAAUUGUAAUCGUUGAAGUAAAAUUGGUAUUCUUUAGG